GCGCAGGUGGGAUUUUUAAAUUUGCAUUGAUUGUCUAAAAGAAAUGCACUACGAAAUAAUUUUAGGUCUCGGACCAGCAAAUGUGCAUAGAUAGUGGUUAUCAAUGCAUAGUUACUAUGUACAUUACAUAAUAAACAUUACGUGGACAAUGCAUGCGAUUUGAUUGAACAAAGAUUUGUGAAAUAUAAAGUUAAUUCUUGGUAUCACACAACGCAGUGAUUAUAUUCAACAUGCAAACUAUAAGUCACUUUUAAUAUUGGACUGAGGAAAUUUGUACAUUUCAUUUCAAUUUUAACGCCGAAGCAAAACGUUCAAGACGACUUGUGGAUUGAUGUCCUUGUCAAUUAUUGUAAUAUAAAUAAAAAUGGGAAGCGGUAACGAAAAGUGUCAACCGGAAAUUGUUGACCACGAAAAACCUGAUGAUGGUGAACAGCUGAAAAAAUGUUUUAAAAAGGCGAUGGAUGAGAAAAGGAUGGUUUUAGUGUCAUUAGGCGACAGAGACAAGGAUUGGAUAAAACAUGCAAGGUGUAAUGAAAAACUAGUUAUGGUUGACUGCAAAUCUUUGUAUGAAAAACAGAUGAAGCGUUCACCGUCACAAUCUGUUUGUCCCGAUUUGUCGGAAGAGACACAAUGUGUUGAAGAUGAUAUUGACAAAACAUUAGCUAGUUUAAAAACACGGAUUGGAGAGACACCAACUGUUCAGAAGGAGAGGUAUGUGAAUUGGGGCAAGACACAAUCUAUGGAGGUUAUUUCGUCUUCCCCUACAACAAAAGAAGAACUUCAAAAGUUGGUGUUAGCAGCAUCUGAGGAAGGUCUGCGUGUAAGAUGUGCUGGAAGAGGACACAGCUGGGCUCCAUUAUUCGCCGACAGUAAUCAAUUACUUAUUCAUGUAGAAGAUAUGAAAAGCGAUUACAAGGAUGGGUCCAGUAUAAGAAUAUCUGAUCGUGAAAAAGGAGAAGUGGACAUUAUGACCGGAGCAACGACUGGAGAAUUUAAAGAGUUCCAACUAAAACACAAAGUGAAUAUACCUGGUAAUGCUGUUUUAGAUUGUGUUCAUAUGGUCAGUGUUGUAGCAACAGGCUGUCAUGGUGUUGGAAAGGAUGUGAAGACACCAGGUGAUGAUUUAGUGAGAAUGCGCGUAAUCGGAAGCGAUGGUAAACUGCGAACCUAUACAUCAGACGACAAAGAGAUGUUGAAAGCGAUUAGUUCAAACCUUGGAUGUUUCGGAGUUAUAUUUGACAUGACAAUAAAAGUCAUCCCUGAAGUUAUCGUAAAAGUAGAAAAUCGGUACAUGACACUAGAAAAUUUAAUCUACAAACCUGAUCAUCCUGAUAGCUUACAAAACCUUUUUAAGGAAAACUGGUCGGUUCAGAUUCUUUGGUUUCCUUACAACUCACUCAGCCUUUUUGAUUACGAUCCAAAAGAUGAUGAAGUAUGGAUUCGUGUAAUUAACAAAAAACCGAAAGACACAAAGAAAGUAAAGACAGAAACCCAAACAUACUACGACUGGAAAGAAAUUAAAGAUUAUUUGACAGCAGAAGGAUUGUCGAUCGUGUCAUCAGAAGUAGUUGGAAAUCCUUCUUUGACUCCAUGGUUUGCGUGGUCAGCCUUUGGAAGUUUGAAGCAUUUCGUAUUUCCCAAAGGUCCACUGUAUCAGGAACUUCCACACGCUGUUCAUUUUAGGCAGUAUACUCAUAAGGCCCCUGUGAAUUGCAUGGAGUUUGCUUUCGAUUUCAAUCCUGAACGAUUGCAGAAAAUUAUUCAAGUCGUAGUGGAAAAAGUAGAUCAUCACGAAGACAAAGAUGAGUAUCCAUUGAACCUUGUUAUGGAAAUGCGCCUGAUGGGUUACAGUGACUCAUUUCUUUCUCCUGCUAUAAUCGGAAAUCCAGCAUAUGGUGGAUCUGGUUGCACUUUUACAAUAGAAAUUUUAAGUAUUGUCCACACCAAAGGAUGGAAGAAGUUUGCCACAGACGUAGGAAAAGAGUGGAUGGCUUUAGAUGGUGUUCCACAUUUAGCAAAGCAGUGGGACUUUCUUCCUCGUAUUGAGGAUCAUAUCUACAAGCAUAUGGGACAACAUAUCGACGCAUUCAAGGAGCAGCUGACGAAAUCUGGCGCUGAUCCAAAUGGAAUGUUUCUCAAUAAAAGCAUCCGAAAACUAUUACGAUUGUAACCGGUCUGAACUGAACUUUUCGAAAGUGUGUGCUGUGAAAAAAUGAAGUAGUUCGCCAAAUUAUAGAAAAUGAGCCUUUUUUUGUUGUUAUGAAUACAAAUCUUGAUGGAACAUGUUGAAUGAAAACAAAAUAUGCAUUUUGAAAUGUACAAAAUAAAUUUAUGAAUAUAAAACACACUUUAUAACGUGCAUGUA